AGAGCUCGCAUCGUGCGCGUUUCCGCGACCCCCGCCCCUACUGUAUUUGUCAGCGACAGCGCGGCAAAGAGACUGCAAGAGACGGCUGGUGUGAGGCCGCCGAGGACAGUGUUAGCGAGACACAAGAGGAGAGGCCAGGAACUGAGGAAAGGCGCGGCAGACCGACAGGGAGCGAAACUGUGAGCGACCCAGAGAGGAAGCCGGAGAUAACGGGCUUAAAGGCAAGAGACAGGGCGGGACAGACAGUUACACCCUGUCAGAGAGACAGACAGCCCCCACAGAAUGAAUCCGAGUUGUGCCCGCUGCUCGAAGAUCGUGUACCCGACCGAGAAAGUCAACUGUCUGGACAAGUACUGGCAUAAAGCAUGCUUCCACUGCGAGACCUGCAAGAUGACGCUGAACAUGAAGAACUACAAGGGAUAUGACAAGAAGCCGUACUGCAAUGCUCAUUACCCGAAGCAAUCUUUCACCAUGGUGGCAGACACGCCAGAAAAUCUCCGCCUGAAGCAACAGAGUGAAUUGCAGAGCCAGAUCCGUUACAAGGAAGACUUUGAAAAGAAUAAGGGCAAAGGAUUCAGUGUUGUGGCUGACACUCCAGAACUGCAGAGAAUCAAGAAAACUCAGGAUCAGAUCAGUAACAUUAAAUACCAUGAGGAGUUUGAAAAAAGUCGAAUGGGAAACCCAUCUUUGGAGGGGGGAGAUAUUGACCGUAGAGGGUCAGAAGAUAGUGGCAAUUAUCGCAGACCCCCCUCUGAGAACAUGCAGCCCCCUGCCAGUAGCUCAGGCUAUCAGCAACCACAGCAACAGCCACAAUCCAAGUAUGGCUACCAAGAGCCUGUGGUCCCCGUCUCCACCCAGCGCAGCGCCCCAGUUGGAGGGCAGAAGCGGUUCCGGGCCGUGUACGAUUACAAUGCAGCUGAUGAAGAUGAAGUGUCCUUCAAGGAUGGUGAUACAAUCAUUAAUGUGCAGCAGAUCGAUGAGGGCUGGAUGUAUGGGACCGUGGAACGCACAGGGGAGACAGGCAUGCUCCCUGCAAACUAUGUGGAAUCCAUUUGAUCAGGAGACAUCGCCUCAUCUCAUCCUCUUCAACAAUCAUGAAGCAUUCCAGUGCAGCCCUCUCCCGUGUAGCUUUUGGAGGAGUGGGCUCCACCUUGCCCUCUAUUCCAGCGUUCUCUUAAACCCUUCUGCUGCCCUCUAGAUGCAGAAGGGGGUAAUUACCUCUUGCUUCAUUCUCACUCUCUUGAGGAUGUAUAUCGGGGUGGGAUCCCACUCCCCAAACAUUCCUUCUCUUAUGUCUGGUUGACUUCCCUUUAUGCGCUUUGCACUGGUUUAUUUUUUUAAACUAGAUUACAAGGAGUGGGAGGCAGGAUCCCUUUAACUCUUACAAUCAUAUUUCAGAAAGCCAUUGCCUCUCAUCCAAAAAAGCCCAAUAAAAUGUCAAGCAACACCCCAAAUCAGUUCUACGGUGGUUCAUUCGUAGCAGAUAAUGUUCCCGUAUGUAACAAGCUUUCAUCUGCCUUUAGUUAUUCACUUGCUAGCAGACAAUGUGAAAUUUUCCCACAUCAUUUAUGAAGGGGCAACAGAGCUGUGAUACCUUAAAACAACCCUUUUCUCUUCCUGCUGACUUUUUCUUGCUAUGUUCAUUCUUAUCGUAGCUACAUGAACGUCGAUCCGUCUCUGAGGGGAACAUGGCGGCAGCUUAAUCAAAGUUACAAUUAACAGACAGAUGCUACCGGCCUCCCUGGAAUAGAAAGGGUUAAGAGUUUGCUGAAGCUGAGAUGCUUGGUAGUGUGGCUUUUUUGUCGUUAAAGACAAAAAUGGUGUUUGAAUUUGAUUCCAAGUUUGUGGGCCUUACCUCCCCCCUUUUAACCAGAUUAUAAUGAAUAUACAUUUAAAGCCUGCUAAGAACACGUGGAUUUGAGUAGAUGCUCAAUUCUUAAAUCCACGUCUACUGCCGUAGGCAAAAGCAUAUCGCAAAAUUAGUAAUCCUUCCACAGAACGGUGCCAUUCUGCUUAAUACCAGCAAUGUAUAAAGAAUAAAAAUACUAGUUUAUUAGUCA